AUGUCGCAACGACCGGCUACCAGGCCAGCAUCGGCGAUACUUUCGAAGCACUUCUUCUUGAGCGUGGUCGCGCCCUUGCACAUCCAGCCGAAACAGUUCUAUCGACUCUCUAUUCAAGUCAACACACCGCAGCAGAUUCGCCAGCAUCGGGAGGCACAUAGUAGACGCAAUGUCUCAUCAGCCGCCCCGAGCAUUGUCGAGACGGGGCAUGUCACGACCUCUGUGCCAGUCUCGCGACCUCUUUCAUGUCUAUCUCUUUCCACGCUUAUCCGGUCCUACCUGAUCACCUCAGUGUCCUCCAUACCGCUCCUCCUCCGACCCUCCUUGUCAGUAAUGUCCUUUCUCGCACAUACUAAGUCACCUUUCUUUAUGCCGGAUCGAAACCCUUUCCUCCAUUUCCUUCUCAAGAAGACAUUUUAUGCACAGUUCUGUGCUGGAGAGACUCCUUCCGAGGUUAGGGCCACAAUCGCCGAUCUAAAGCACACAGGCUACAGCGGAGUCAUGCUGGGAUAUGCGAAAGAAGUUGUACUUACAAAAGAAGAUGCUGAAGAAUUGGAUGCAUCACGAGACUCGUCAGACCAGGCGGCUCUCAACGCAGAGGAGAUUGCAACAUGGAAACGUAACACAGUUGCAACCGUGGAUCUUGCACAAGCCGGCGAUUUUGUGGCUCUUAAGUUUACUGGAGCAGGCCGUCAAGCAUUGCAACAUCUCAAGGCCACCAUUGCAUGUUCUCACGAGUUUGAGCAAGCUGUCCAUGAGAUCUGUCAAAGUGCGCAGCAGAAAGGCGUAAAGCUCCUUUUCGAUGCUGAGCAGGCAUCACUACAGCAGGGUAUUGACAACUGGACCAUGUACUUUGCGAAAAUAUACAACAAGGAGCAAGCGGUGGUGUUUGGGACCUAUCAAGCAUAUGCCCAACGAACCCCUCAGGUACUAGCGCGCCACCUCGAGUUAGCCAGGAACGAGAAUUUCGUUUUAGGUGUCAAGCUUGUCCGGGGCGCAUACCUAGGUAGUGACCCACGGGAGCUAUUUUGGCCAACCAUCGAGGAGACUCACAAGUGCUACAAUGAGAUCGCAAAAGCCGUCCUGCAGAGACAGUACCAGGGCAUCUUGCAACCCGUCGCUGGUUGUUCGUCAGAAUUCCCCCAGGUGAGCCUGGUGCUAGCCACGCACAACGCCGAGUCUGUAAGAUUGGCAGGGAAACUUCGUGAUGAACAGGCUCGAAAUGGCCAACCACGAAUCGAACUGGCAUACGGACAGCUGAUGGGGAUGGCAGACAACGUGAGCUGCGAGGUGGUACAAACUGCAAGAAGCCGUUCGGAGUCUAGCGAGCCCAACGUGGAAAUCCCCCGAGCCUACAAGUAUCUGGUAUGGGGCGGAUUGGGCGAAUGCAUGAAGUAUCUCCUGCGUCGUGCCCAUGAAAAUCGAGAUGCAGUCACCAGGACGGUCGAGGCGAGACGGGCAUUGGGCAACGAGUUGGGCAGCAGGCUGGCUUUCUGGAGGCCGCAAUGA